AUGAGUUGUUUUGGUGGACUGUCAGAGGUUAAGCUAGCGGAUGCCGUCAUUCAAGCAGUCAUCGACCAGAUGAGAUGCAAGGUGGAGGAUAAAAUCAACGAAAAAUUCAAAGAUUACAGAGCUGUUAUAUUCAGGACACAAGUUGUUGCCGGGCUGAAUUAUUUCGUUAAAGUGCACACAGAGGACAAGAAAUACUUGCAUUUGAGACUAUUUUCUCCCCUGCCAUGCAAUGGAAUGGACGUUGAACUGCAUGGUGUCGAAUAUCCCAAGAGCGAAACAGAUGAACUUAAAUAUUUUGAUUGCAACUGA